CUCAUAAAAACUAUGUCUUCGAGAAAGAAUAUUGCUGUCACAGCUACGACAGGUAUGGCCAGCACCCAGCUGGGGAUGGGGGCCACUACUCUACACCACUGGUGUGGUAUAAUGGAUUGUAGGCACAGUCAGGAGAGGCUUCAUGAACUUAUGAGAAGUGACGACCGAUUUACAGCAGCCAAAGAUAGAAUACAGAAGGCAGAUGUUCUCUUUAUUGAUGAGAUUGGCAUGUUGUCGAAGAAAGUGUUUGAAGCUGUUGAAUCAGUUUGCAGAUUUGUUCGUGGGAAUGCCUACACAUUUGGUGGAUUGCAGGUUAUAGCAAGUGGCGACUUCAAGCAGCAACCCCCUGUUCCAAAUCAUCUAUACGGGGACGACGGAUCAUACUGCUUCACAAGUCCAUUUUUUCAGAAGGCUUUUCCACAUCACAUUAACUUGAAAGAGGUUAUCAGGCAGUCAGAGCCUGAUUUAAUACGAGCAGUAAACGAGUUGUGUGAUGGAUCACCUUCAGCAGAGACUGUGGCCCUUAUGAGGAGUUUGGACAGGCCUCUUCCAUGCAAUUCUUCACCCACUUUUCUGUUUGGCACAAGAUUUGAUGUUGCCUUCAUUAACCAAGAAAUGUUAGAAGACAUGCCCGGAAAUGCAGUAUGCUUUAAGUCCCAAGAUGAAGGAGACAUUAGGCAUCUAUUCCGAUGUGACGCACCCAAGGUCCUUAUUCUAAAAGAAGGGGCUCCUGUUAUCAUCACCAGGAAUCUUGGUGGAGGAGUAUUCAAUGGGACAAGAGGCACAGUUCUUCACUUGAAAGAAGGGCAGGAUCCAGUGAUCAACAUUGAUAGAAAAACUGUUCCACUGCAAAAAUUUCAGUUUGAUGUUUAUAGUCCACAACAACAGAGAUCAUUAGCUUGCCGAACUCAGUAUCCUGUACAGUUGGCUUUUGCACUCACUGUGCACAAAGCACAAGGACAAACUCUACAGUGUGUAGAAGUAGACUGUUACUCAUUUUUUGCCCCCGGCCAAAUGGGAGUUGCUGUAGGUCGCUGUGUAAAUAAGGAGGGCCUCAAAGUUGUCAACUUCAAUUUAAAAGCUUCCCAAUUAAAGCAUCCAGAUGAGGUUUAUGCUUUCUAUGAAGAAGAACAAAAAGAGCCCACUGAAAACCUUGAUUGUUGUAAACAGGUUUGCCAAGACCAAAGUGAUUUGAAUAAAGAAGAGACAACAAACAUUUCAACUUUAAGUGAAACUGAAACACUCAGUAUGGAAACAGAAAGUGAAAAUCCUGUCCAAGUAACACAGUUUGUUGAAUGCCCAUGGAAGAUUAAAGACUUCAUCGAUGAAAAUCUAGAAUCAAAGUUUUUGAGCCAUAUUCCAGUGGAGAUUUAUGACGAGCAGAAUGAAGAAAUGAAAAUUCACCUUAAACAUCUUUAUUCAACAGUUGUGAAAGUCCUUAGUAAAAACCCUGAAACAUCAGAAAAGUGGGUGGAUGCCUAUAAAAAUUUGAACAAGUUUGUGGUUAGUGACUAUCAUGAACAUUUGUGUGAAAAGCUCUUCCACAGCAAGCCAAUAAAUUGCAACCAAAACAAAUUUUCAACCAAGAUUGUGUUUUGGUUAAUGGAUUGUGAAAUUGCAAAGAAAUCAAUGGAUAUCAUUAAACAUCAGCAACAGGCAUUUGAAGAUUCUGAUAGAACUGUAGAGGCCCCCUCACAAGUUGCAGAAGGUAAAAUAAGAUACCUGGCUGGAGCCUGCAUACACAAAAUUGCAGACAGAUUGCGAACUUCUGUCAUCAGAUCUAUUGGAAAGCUAUCAAAAAACAGUAGAAUUGGUCGCAGACUCUCCUAUCGAAAACAAAGUUUAUUAAAGGCGCUGAGGAUAAGUGAAGAUAGUGCAGAUUCCCAAGAUCCUAGUAUGCAGGAGAUUCUACAUAAACAGAGUAGCUCUAGAGGAUUGUUUAUUGUCAGUGAUCCAGUAUAUCAGUUUUUUUCCAAAGCAAAUGAAAUCCUGCAAAUGUAUUUGACACCGAAAUUUAUACAUUUGAACAUAGAAAACCUUCAAGGAGAGUGCAGAAAUAUUCUCCUAUCUAAUCCUGAUUUGUUGGAAGUAUGGGUGAAUUUGUUCAAAGCACCAGAAGCAGAUGAUACUGAGGAAGAAAUAUUCAUGUGUAUGCUCCUUGAUCUAUUUGCAGAUGUCCUGAAUCAUUUUAUAAAGCUUGCUUUUGUUGACGCUAUAAAAGAAUUCAAAGACAUUCUUCCUAGAAAGAAAAAGCAGGCUCUUCGCUCCAAAGUAACUGCUCUGGGAGAUCGAGGGGAAACUAAGAAGAAAUCAGAUAAAUUACCACCAAGCAAAAAAAGGAAACCCUCCGAUGAACCAUCUACAUCUUACUCACAAACUGAUACCUAUGUGUGUGAUCUAUGUUCUGAAGAAUGUGACUGGGAACCGAGUGAAUUAGCUCGUGAGAGCAUAGCCUGUGAUAAAUGUAACUUGUGGUUUCACUAUGGGUGUGUCAACAUAAAAGGGGAUGAACCUUUCCUAUUCAAAAAAAAGUCCAGAUGGAUCUGUCCUACUUGUACAGCUACAUGUAAAAGUAAAGGCAAGGGCAAGGGCAAAGGCAAGGGCAAGAAAUAA